AUGACAUCGGCUGCCGGCAAGGCUCUUCCGAGUCUAGACAAGGGUCCACUGUCACUGCGCGAGUUGCGGGAUGGCGAUCGCUUGGCACUCCUAGACCUGCUUGACACGAUCCGUGGCCGCAAGGCGCUCGUGCUGGAGGCCGACUUUGCGGCCCCCCUGAGCCUCCUGGUGGAGGCCAGCACUCUGAGGGAGCAUGGCGUCGAGCUGUUCGGGGUGCUGGGCGACGGGUCGGCGCUGGCCAGCCAGCUGGAGGACCGCGAGAUACGGCAGGUGGUGUACCUGCUGCACACCCGGCUGGAAAGCGUGCAUGCUGCCGUGGCGCACGUGGCCCAGUGCCGGCGGCUGUGCUCCUCCCCCCUGGAGUUUGCGUGGCUGGUGAUGCCGCGGGUGGUGAGCCUCGCCCCCCGCAUGCUGGAGCGGGCAGGGCUGCUGGCCGACGUCACCCUGCUCCCCACGCCGCUCUCCUGGAUCCCGCUGGAUGAGGACCUGAUCUCCCUGGAGCUGCCAGACGUCUUCCGGGAGUGGACCGCAGACGGCGACCCCAGCUCCCUGCACGAGCUGGCCUCCGCCCUUUCCUCCCUACAGCAGCGAUUCGGCGCCGUCGCCCGAAUCAAGGCCAAGGGCACGGCUGCGGUGGAGGUGGCGGGGCUGCUGGGGCGCAUGCGGCGGGAGCAGGGCUCCGAGGGACCCGCUGUAGGCCAGUCUGGCAUAGACGGCAUGAUCCUGAUGGAUCGGUCGGUGGAUAUCGUCUCCCCCGCCUGCACCCAGCUCACGUAUGAGGGCCUGCUGGAGGAGACCAUGGGCAUCCGCUGUGGCCAGGUCGUCCUCGAAUCGGAAGGUGGGCGCAAGGUGCAUGGCCUCAACUCCAGCGACGCAGUCUUUGUGGAGACGAGGGACAAGUUUUACAUGGAUGCUCGUCGCUGGAUCAACGAGACGCUCCGGACCAUCCAGCAGUUCCGGGACCAGGGAAUCCACAGCGCCGACAUCUCCGCGCUGAGAGGAUUUGUUUCCGAGCUUCGCGACAAGUUUGUCCGCAUCCCGCUGCACACCAGCCUGAUCGAGCAGCUGGCGGCCAGCCUGGCGUCCCCUGGCUUUGCCGCCCGGCAGAAGGUCGAGGCGGGGCUCCUGGACGGCGGCGACGAGCUGCCAGCCAUCCUGGACCUCAUGUACACCGGCGAGGGAGCGGCUGCCGUGCUGCGCCUGCUCUGCCUCUACUGCGCGGUGCACGGCGGCAUCCCUCGCAAGGCGUACGACGGCCUGCGUCGCGAUUUCCUCAACACCUACGGCCACGAGCACCUGCUCACGCUGGCGGCACUCCAGCGCGCAGCCUUUGGGCUGCUGGCCCAGGAGGAGGGGGCCGGCGCCGACGCGACCCCGGACAUCCACUUCACAUACGCCGGGUACGCGCCGCUCAGCGUGCGCGUCGUGCAGGCCGCGCUGAGCGGGAGCGGGUGGGGCGGCGUGGAGGCCGCUCUGGGCGCGCUGCCCGGCCCGACCGCCGAGCUGGCGCAGGGCCGGCGCGUCCCCUGCGACUUCCUGGUGGCUACCACGGGCGUGGUGUCGGGGCGGAGCCUGGUGCAGGAGUUCAUGCCGCCGGGGGGCUGA